CUAGGCGUGACGGCUCGAUCACCCCCUUCUUGGGGGUGGCAGAGUAUCCUGUUUGGGCGCCAGUUACUGGAGAUGGGUUUACGAUGGUAGGUCGGCAAUGGCCGACUGGCCUCUCUUCUCCACUCUAACUAGAUUCCAGGGCUCCAGCUGGAUCCCCCUCGCUAUAAUCCGCGGAUCUUGCCAAACGAGGGUGACCCCUCGGUGGCGGAGGUUAUUUGUCAAGGGGAAGGGCGGUGGUCUUAUGAUAAGCUUAGUCAAUGGUUUGACCCGUCUACCUGCCGUGCCAUCAAGGCUAUUCCACUCCCACGACAUAAUGUGGCUGAUAAGCUUAUCUUAUAUAACACAGCGGAUAGGGUUUUCUCGAUUAAAUCAGCUUAUCAUUUGGCUGUUGAGUUGGACAUGAGGAGGGGUGGGUGGCGGUCUUCGGUGAGUUGGAUGGAUAAGCCAAGUUGGGUCCGUUUGUGGGAGGCUAAAACCCCUCCGAAGCUGAAGAUCUUUGUCUGGCAAAUUCUUAAUCGGGCCCUACCGCCUCAGGAUCAGGAGUUCUUAGCCGCGAUUCUGGGGGUUGAGGCGGUGGGGGUCCAUGACAAAUAUCUAGGUUUGCCUAAAUUGCUUGCCCGGUCUAAAAUGGCUACCUUCCGAUAUUUGGAGGAAAAGCUGCUUGAACGCCUCCAGGGAUGGAAGCAGCGGACAUUAUCUUGGGAGGCUAAGAAAACAUUAAUUAAAUCAAUUGUCAUGGCCUUGCCGAUGCAUGUGAUGUCCUGCUUCAAACUGCCUGUCUCUCUGUGUAGGCUGUUGGAUAGACAUGUGGCUCGAUUUUUGUGGGGGCGGUGGAGGGCCAGCCCAAGGUUCGAUGGAUGUCCUAGCAUAACAUGUGCAGGAGUAAACAUGAGGGGGGAACGGGCUUUUGCCGAUUUGAGCAAUUUAAUCAAGCCCUUUUAGCUAAAAUUGGUUGGCGUAUCCUCACUGAUCCCCAAUCUCUGCUUGCCCGGGUCUAUAAAGGAAAAUAUUUUCCUACUGGCACCUUCCUUACUGCCACAGCUCGAUCCCGUCCCUCGUGGGGGUGGCAGAGCAUCAUGUUUGGUCGUCAACUCCUGGAAAGGGUCUCCGAUGGCAGAUUGGUAAUGACCAGUCGGCUUCGCUUCUCCACUCCAAUUGGAUUCCCAGGCUUCAACUUGAUCCCCCAAGGUUUAAUCCCUGGAUUUUGUCAGGGAGAAGGACGUUGGAAUGAUGCUAAGCUGGGGCAGUGGUUCGACCCUCUUACCUGUAGAGCUAUUAAAGCUAUUCCUUUCCCGAGGCAGAAUGUGGAGGAUAGGUUGAUCUGGCAUUAUACUAGGGAUGGGAUUUUCUCGGUUAAGUCGGCCUAUCACAUUGCUGUCUCCCUGGAGAAACGGAGUGGACUUUGGAGGGCCUUGGUCAGUUGGAUGGAUAAGUCUAGUUGGAUUCGAGUGUGGGGAGCUAAUAUUCCGCCUAAACUUAAGGUGUUUGUCUGGCAGAUUCUGAAUCGCAUCCUCGCAACUACAGAAGCUCUCAUUGAGAAGAAAGUUCCGGUGCCUCCUCGAUGCCCGGUCUGAUGGGAUGCACAUGAGACAAUGGAACAUUUGUCCCUCUACUGUCCGGUGCCCCGCGCUCUUUGGGAUUAUUCUGGGUUGGAGUACCUCAGCGAGGGGCUGCCUCGUCAAACUUUUCCUUUAUUUCUUAAAAGGCUACUGUCCUUAAUUCAUCAGCCAGAGCUGGUUAUGGCGGUCGUAGCCGUCCUUUGGCGGAUCUGGAGGUCUUGGACCUGGGUUGUCUUUGAAGGAAAACAGUAUGGGAUUCCAGCUCUUAUGCCCCAGUUUAAUCAGCGGUAUGAGGAAUGGAUAAGGUUGUCGAGAUGUCAGGACCACUUGGCCAGUGGCGGACCUAAGGCUAGUAAGGGUGUCGUCCGACACACCCUCACUCGAGAAUUUUGCGAAGAACCUAUAUAUUUUAGGUACAAAAUUUUUUACUUCGGAAUAGCCAACACACCUCCAAUAAUUAUAGCCGACACACAUUCAUUAUAGUCGAAAAAUUUAUUAUCCAAAUGAAUGAAUCUUAAUCAUAAUCCAUUUUAAUUUUGUUUAAAAUAACUCAUAAAUCAUAAUCCUAUCACUUCCUAUUAAAAAAAAACAGACUCUCAGCCCAUACAAUAUAUAUGUGUGAUGUGUGUUGGGUCUGGGCCUAUAAUUAAAAGAGAAGAAAAAAAAAACCACAGGCCAAAUGGCCAAUGCCCAGGCGGACACUAUUUAUGCUUUAGUUUACUUGCUGUUGAAGUUGGUGUUGACUUUACCUGUUGCAACUGCAAGCUGCGAAAGAGCAUUUUCAGCUAUGAAGAUAAUCAAGAACAAUCUUCGAAAUCGGUUGAGUGACCAAUUUAAGAAUGAUUGUUUAGGUGUGUAUAUUGAAAAAGAUUUGCUUUGCAGCGUAAGUGAUGAAUGUAUUUUAGAGACAUUUCAACAGAUGAAAAGUCAUCGCGGCUCGUUGUAAAUAUGACAUUGUGAACUUUAUGAAUUAAUUUUUUCUUUUAAUUUCUGCUUAAUUUUUUAAUUUAAUUUAAAUAUUAUUGGAUUUUAUCGGCGACACACCUCUCCGACAAUCCUGGGUCCGCAACUGCACCUGGCCUUCCGCCCACGAUUACAACCGCUGGAGCCAGUCGAGCCUAUCAUGGUUGUUUGUAUGUGGGAUGGGGCUACGAGGAGUGGAUCUCACACGAAAGGGGGGGAUGGUGAUUUUGAAUCCGGCUCGGGAUAUCUUGAUGGCUAAAGGAGUUCAGUUUCCAGGAAUUGAUGAUCCUGCUGUGGUGGAAUUGCUAGUCCUCCGAGAAGCAAUGUUGUGGUGUCUGGAGCAUGGUUUCGCGGUGGUAAGAUUUGAGGGAGAUGUCAAGGUGAUUAUUGAUAAGAUCAGGCAGGCAUAUACCAGCGAUAACCAGACAGGGGCUGUUCUUGAUGAAGUAGUACAGUAUUUUGCUGUCCAUCCUGGGUUGAGUGUUCGAUUCGUAGGUCAGCGUUAUAAUAGGGUAGCUCAUGAGGAAGCUAGAAAGACCCUUUCAUUGUACCAGACUUUGUGUCGUUUCUUUGAUUUUGAGACCUGGCUGGAACCAGGGUGUAACUGUCUUCUAUCAAUCAAUAUAAGAUUACCUUUUGU